AUGCCAUCCUCAACGCCCGCCGGCACCUCCGCCACCCCCGAUGCCCUCGAAUCAGACCUCCUCACAAAGCUCUCAGCGACAUCAGCACUAGAAGAUUUGCAGGAAACUUUGCUGGGCUCGCUACACCGUGCCGGCUGGACUGAGCGGGUUACUAGUCUUGCUACCGAGCUCCUUCGCGCCGGCCGCUGCGAGACAUUCGACGACGUGAUGGACGCGGUGGUCGCCUCCGCGGAGGGCAGAUCGCAUCCGGCAUUGGGAUCCAAACACACAUCAGAUCAUAAUGGGACUGCGACUCCAAACGGAACGAAAGAAGGGAAAGCCAAUGGGACCAAAAAGGGUAGCAAUAAAGACGCAGAAAGUCAACCCUACGACCCGAUAAAAUAUAUUGAAGAUGUGGACGUGCGCAUCCCGGAUACAGUUGUUGACGAAGGUGUCCGAGGAUUAAAAGAUAUAUUGCGGGAAAUGGUGGACCUGGAAGAUGAGAAUACCCCCAACGGAGACAAAAAGUGA